AUGCCGUCGCCGUCGCUCGACAACAUCUUCGACUCGUUCAAGGACCCCGCCGCUUGCACCGCGCCGCCGCCGCCGAAGCCGAAGCACUCGUCCAUGCCGGUGUUCGACAAGCCGGUCUACGACGACGACAUCCUAAGCCUAGACGACGACGACACGCGCGUGGGGCUCGUGGCGGAUAGCGCCGUGGACGCGCUCUCCGUCGCAGUGUCCCGGCGCUGA